AUGAUCUGUCCCACCCACCAUACCCCUCCUGCAUCGAUGGCGACCCUCGUCACUACUCUCACAUCUUCAUCCUCGCUCCCGGACCGCAGCAAUCAGAAACUGACCCCCGCGCAGAAGUUCAAACAGGAGAAAGAAUCCUUCCUUCGAAACCUGGAUCCAUAUGUUGCGGUUGGUGUUCUGAGGAAACGUAAUUGGAAGUACAAUGUGGACCAGGAGACGAUCGUGGACCUCGAAGAUGACUAUCCUGCCGAGGAACUUGCCAACCUAGAGAAGGAGAACUGGUUGCGGACAUUCGAGUAUACCUACGUGAGACAUCCCCAAUGGUGCUAUGUCCGUGUCUAUGUGUUGCCAGAUGAUGCUGGGCACAAGUACAUUCCUCGCUCGAACAAGGCCUUAAGAGCGGCCCUAAAGACUGUCAUGACCAAGGUUGAUCGGUCGGCGGACGCAUGGGAUGGGUUAUUCCGCUCAGAACAGAGUAUUGCUGAGGAUAUACCCAAUCAAAACGAGUUUGAAGAGGAAUCACUCUAUUACAUCUUCAACACUUUACAGAACCCCGAGCCGCGAGUCGAAGACAUGAAGGACCCGUACGCGAGACUCGCUAUGGAACAAUUGCUAUCAUCAUCAUCACUACCAUUAUCAUCCGAUAAAGAUACGGAGACCGGCCAAGAUCUCAGCGUUGUCGGCUUGAAGACCCCUCUCUACCCGUACCAGGGCCGUUCCGCGGCGCUCAUGGUUCAGCGAGAGGUGCAACCAGCGCAGAUGCUGGAUCCCCGCCUGCAAGCCUUUCAGGGCCCCAGCGGCCGUGAAUACUACUAUGAUGACAAAAAGGGCAUGAUAUACAAAGAAAAGAAGUUGUACUCGGAAACUUGCGGGGGCAUUUUGGCGGAGACCAUGGGCUGCGGGAAGACGCUGAUUUGUCUGGCUGUCAUUCUGGCAACUCGCAGCCAUGUUCCAGCGAUACCACCACUGUACCGUGAAGCAGUGGCUACUCGGGAGAAGUGCGCAUCUCUGGUAGAAAUGGCGGCGGCAGCUGCGGGCCAGUCCUCAAUGCCAUGGAAGAGCCACUUUGAUCGACUCGGCCGUUCUGGUAUGGUAUAUACGAGGUGUAUCAAAGCUUGCGAAGAGAAUCGCGGCGCUUACAAAAUCCCGCCACCUCCAGUACGAAAUGCUAGUCGCACGAGCGCGGCAUAUCCAAGACCCUCUCUUCAACGUGUGCGACUCACAUCUGGGACUCUGAUUGUUGUUCCCCCCAACUUGGUAGACCACUGGGAAGAACAAAUUACGCGGCAUACUCAAGGGCUCAAGGUCCUUAUCCUACGAAACCCGACGGACGUGACCCCCGAUUCCGACGAUCUCCUACAAUAUGAUAUUCUCUUGUUCUCAAGAUCGCGGUUUGACCAGGAGGCUGGCAAGUCAGUCGACAAGAAAUGUGGCCCAUUUAAGCCCACGGAAUCUCCCCUGUUAAAGCUUCACUGGCUUCGCAUCAUAAUUGAUGAAGGUCACAGUGUCGCUGGUUCGAGUAAAAGUAACAAGACAAACACCGGCGUUCUCCUAGAGCAGCUACGCGCCGAGCGCCGAUGGAUUGUGUCAGGAACGCCGUCCCGCGGUCUUUACGGUGUCGAAGUGAGCAUCGCCUCACGCGAGACACAUACCAGCGACACAGACAUGUCUGAGGCAACUGAUGCUGUUCUCAAAAGGAAGAAGAAGGUAGAAAUCAGAGACGAUGAUUACAUCGCAAGACUGAAACCAGUGGUCGUCCAGUUUUUCGAUCUCAAACCGUGGUCAAAUCCCGUUACUGACCAGGCUGAUUGGACCACGUACACGAAGCUUGUAGGAAAGGACGGGAGCCGUCGAAAAGUGCAGUCACUCCGAGUGAUUCUCCAGAGUCUUGUUGUGCGCCAUCGCAUGGAUGUCAUCCAGACUGAAACCACACUUCCAAAGCUCCAUAACAGGGUGGUUUACUUGGAACCCACCUUUUACGACAGGUUGAAUCUGAAUCUGUUCAUUUUCAUCCUGGCCGUUAACGCAAUUACAUCAGAACGGGAAGGUAAAGACUACAUGUUUGAUCCUAAAAAUAAAGACCAUCUAAGCACUUUGAUAAGGAAUCUUCGACAAGCCGGUUUUUGGUGGGCAACCUCCAACCAUGAUAUUUCAGGGGCCGUGCAAAAUGCCCUUGAAUAUAUGGGGAAAAAUCGAGAUCGCAUGAAUUACAAUGACAUCGCAAUGCUCUGUGAGGGCAUGCAGAUAGCUCACAAGGCGCUCGCCAGCGAGGCCUGGAAUGCAUUUAGACAAUUGAACGAGUUGGGCGUCUACGUCCAGGACUUUCCUGACCAUGCUCGAGGCUUGUGGGCACUGCAGCCGUCCAAGUCAGACGUCGAGCCACUUCUCAUGGGGAUUAGCCAAGCUUGUCGUGCCCAACAAUUCGUCAAAGAGCACCUGAAAUCCUGUGAUCCAGCGGAAGGCCUUGCUGGAGCUGGUAUCAAAGCCCGCCGGGAAUUAGCCAACGCUACAGAAGAAAUGAAAGGCAAGUUGGAGUUUGCAACCGAGAAAAAGACCAGAAAGAAAGCCGGAAAGAAAUCGUUCUCCAAGGGUCUGAUGAAGUCUCUGCCGCCAGACUCGCCUCUUGCACAGACAAAGUUGGUCGCCACAACAUCGGCCAAAAUGACUUACCUGCUCAAUCGAGUUCAGGUAUUGCACACGGAGGAGAAGAUCAUUAUCUUUUAUGACAGUACAAACUCCGCUGUUUGGAUUGCAGAAGGACUCGAUUUGCUCGGCAUUGAAUAUCGCAUGUACACCAGUACGCUGACCCCUCAGCAGCGCUCGAGCUAUUUUAACCUGUUCCGCUACAAUGAGGAGAUACGGGUCUUCUUGAUGGACCUGAACCAAGCAUCUCACGGUCUUCACAUCGCGAACGCCUCCCGUGUCUUUUUUGUGAACCCUGUCUGGCAACCGAAUAUUGAGUCUCAGGCCAUCAAACGAGCGCAUCGAAUCGGGCAGACUCGGCCGGUGUAUGUGGAGACCCUGGUGCUCAAGGAUACAUUGGAAGACAGGAUGUUGAAGCGCAGAAAAGCAAUGUCUGACCAGGAGAUGCAAGAAGCGGAAAAGGAUCCGCUCGACGACAACGCUAUUAAGUCCAUCAUCCAGAAUGAAGCGUUCAUCCCAAUGAUUGGAGAUGACAGGCUUGCCAACAUCGCAUGGCUGAGCACCCCUUCUGGCUUCUUUGACCGGCAUAAGCUGCCGAUUCCUGACGACGAAGAGGAUAGUGAGACUCCUCGGAAGCGAAACCGGCCCUCGCGGAACAACAACGGUUCAGACGGCGAGCUGGAUCUUGUCACGCCUAAGAGACGAAGGGCUCCAGCCGGUCUGGAGUUUCUCUCUCCGGAAGGUAUUCUGAUGACUCCCGCGAGACAGUCGCACUCUCCCAGAUCGCCCUCGUUCGUGGCCAGCGUCGAUCGCCAGAAUAGUGGUACCCAGGGGGCAUCUGGGUCCUCUACUGAUCUCCAACAAAGCUCAGGAUCAGGAUCCUUAUUUGGCCCUUUGAAAGCUGAGAAGUCUGUCGGAUCUCCACAGUGA